AUGUCGUUACCAGGCCUCGGGCUUACUGAGCCGGAAGAGGUAACCGAAGUCGAAACUGCCCAGCAUGACCUCGCCAAGGAGUCGGAAUGGAGGUUCGAGGUUGCUGUGGACAAAUACAUUCAGGUCAAGGUCCUGACAGGAUCUGCUGAAAUAUUCGGAACUGAGCUCGUCCUGGGAAACACCUACAACUUCACCAACACGAAAGCUGCAGUCUAUACUUGGGAAGGAUGCAGGCUCGAAGUCCGCGGCGACUCUCUCCAGAGCGAAUACAUUGCACGGGAAACACCGAUGCACGAAUAUGUCAACACCCACUUCGCCCUCGACGGUCUGCGCGACAAGGCUAAAGCCGGCUUUGGACCUGCUCCACGUCUACUCAUCCUGGGCUCUGACGACGCAGGCAAAACCACCCUCGCCAAAACACUGGUGGGAUAUGCGCUGCGAGCCGAUCGCUCUCCAGUCCUGAUCAAUCUCGAUCCCAAAGAAGGCGUCAUGAGUAUUCCAGGCACUCUGACAGCCACUACAUUCAAGACUCUCCUUGAUGUCGAGGAAGGAUGGGGUACUGCUCCAAUGAGCGGUCCUAAUGGCUCAAUACCUGUCAAGCUGCCCCUCGUCUACUACUACGGCCAUGACGAUCCCGCGCACAAAGAUGGAAAGUUCUACAAGUCUCAGAUCAGUCGACUCUCCCUAGCCGUAUCUGGUCGUAUAUCUCAGGAUGUCGAAGCUCGUGAUUCUGGCCUCAUCAUCGAUACUCCGGGCUCUCUGUCUGUCACCAAAAGCGGCAGCACAACCAACGCCGACAUUCUCACACACGUCAUCUCCGAGUUCUCCAUUGACUGCAUUGCGUGCCUUGGAUCAGAACGUCUCUACAACGACAUUGUUAAACGCUUCGAUGGCAAGCCUGUGACCAAUAGCUCAUCCACGAACGGAGGCCUUACACCCACCAUCUCGGUAGUCUCCCUCACCAAGUCUGGCGGCUGCGUAGACCGCGACGCUGCAUAUAUGACAGCCCUGCGCGCCGCCCAGAUCCGAACGUACUUCUACGGCAACCCCAAGCUGUCAAACGGCAUCAAUCUCCAGCCCCGCCAACAACAAGUCGACUUUUCAACCUUGUCCGUAUGGCAACGCAUCGGCUCCUUCGCCGCCGGCACCCUCGCCUCGACCGUAGCGACCGGCGAAGUCGACGAAUUCCUCCCGGGCGACUUCGUACCAGAAUCCUCCUUUACCACCGGUGGCGGCGUACCCCUCCCCUCGGGUCAAAUGUUCGAAAGAGUCACCGCGCCCCAGCCAGCGAUGCGCAGUUGUGUGUUGGCGCUUAUGCACGCCAAGCCCGAAGCGGAACAAGACGAGCUGCGUGACGCCGAGGUCUACGGGUUUCUCUACGUGACCGACGUAGACGAAGCCAGAGGCAAGAUCAGCGUCCUCAGCCCCAUGGUGGGCAGAGUCCCACCCAUGCCGUUGGCUGUCAUCUGGGCUGGCUGGCCGGAGGGCGUGCUCGGUAUGGUGUAG